AAUUAUUGCCUUUUGAAAAAAGCGAGGAUAAGCAGAGGAGGAGAAGAAAAAGUUAUACCUCAGAAAAGUUCGACCUGGGGGCAGGAUGGGCUCAAAAUACCCCAAGUCCCUCAGGAUAUCCCUGCCUUUAUGGGCCCUCAUAUUGGAAAUCGUUUUUAUUCUGGUUUUCUUCUUUUUUACAUCUUAUGAACAACCUUCCGAGAAGUCUGAGCUUCUGAAGACCUAUCCAGCCUUCCAGGAUAUCAACGUCAUGCUGGUGCUGGGCUUGGCCUUCUUCAAGGCCUCCUUGUGGAGAUACACAUGGAGCAGCGUGGCCUUCAACCUCUUCAGCCUGGCCGUCGGGGUGCAGUGGGCCAUCAUUCUGGAUGGCUUCCUGUUCAACUUCUCCACAAGGAAGUUUGCCAUCAACAUUCACAGCAUCAUAAAGGGUACCAUGAGUACUAUGGUUGUCCUCAUCUCCUCAGGGGCCACCCUAGGUAAAAUCAACUUGGUCCAACUUAUAGUAAUGACCUUGCUGGAAGUAACAGCAUUCCAAGGAACCAAGAAGCUCAUGCAAGAAUUCCUUAAGAUGUAUGAAUAUGAAAGCCUGAUGCAAAUCCAUAUAUUUGGAGCCUACUUUGGCGUGGCUGCAGCCUGGCGCCUCUCAGAAUCAGAACUGAAUAUGGCCAAGGAGAAGGAAAGGAGAGCUGUGGCUUCCAAUCUGUUUACUGCUCUGGGUACCCUUUUCUUAUGGAUCUUCUGGCCAACCUUCAAUUCUGUCCUAUUAAACUCCCCUGGUGAGAAGGAAAUUGCUAUAUACAACACAUAUUAUGCCCUUGCUGUCAGUGCAGUGACUGCCAUGUCGUUUUCAGCUGCCACUCACUCCAAUGGGAAAAUCAGUAUGACCCAUGUCCACAGAGCAACACUGGCUGGAGGGGUUGCUAUUGGAGUCAGCACGAUCAUCAUCAAAUCACCUUGGAUUGCCAUGGUGCUGGGGUUUUCUGCAGGCACGAUCGCAGUAAUAGGAGACAAGUAUUUGCCGAGAUUCUUUAACCAGGUCAUCAGGCUUCAUGACACCUGCGGAGUUCAUGCCACCUUUGGAUUGCCAGCGCUGCUGGGACGGUUGAUCUACAUUCUGUUGAUAGCUGGGCACAAUGGCUGGACCAACUUGUCCGAGACUGGCAACAAGAUUCUGAUUUCAGCCGGCUAUCUGGGCCUGCCCAUGGCCAUGGGGCUGGGAGGGGGUGUCCUGACAGGUUUAAUUUUAAGUUUCAACAUAUGGAAGUCACCACAUGAAGCAAAAUACUUUGAUGACCAGGCUUUUUGGGAGUUUCCCCAUUUAGCUGUUGGAUUUUAAGUUGAAGAAUUCAAGAAAUAGAUGGACAGUUUGGAGCUAAAGAAAACCACCAUUAUUCCAUCUUUCUUCCAGGAAUCUAGACCUUUUCAUGAUCUUACUUGGUGAUUCUAGGCCAGUCAUUCUAGCUCUCAAAUUUCCUUUUCUGUAAAAUGAGGGACGUUAGACUAGAUGAUCCUGGAGGUCCUUUUUGCCUCUGUUGUUCUCUUCUUGUCUAGUAGUUUUCUAACAAAUGCAUGAAGAAACAUAGUUGGAUACAUUUUUGAUGUUAAUAAAACUAAAAACUCUAGUAUGCUGAACCAAUAAUAAUUUAUGAAAAAUCUGGUUAGCUUUAUUCAAGAUGAUAGAAUAUAUUCUUCCACGGAAUGUGAAAUGCCACAUUAUAACCUUUUUGUAGUGUUUCAUUAAUAUGAUUAUUUACUAGUGAGAUGUGCUUUAGGGCCUUUACAUUACAUGCUCAAAAAAGGACUCCAUAGUCUAGAUUAUCCAUUUCAUCAGAGCAGCAAGGUGAAAUAGGGGAUAAUUCAAAAAUCCUUUAUAUUUAGCUCUUGAAUACAUUAUUUUGUUCCUAGUGGUUUUACUUAAUUAGGUAUAAUGUGGGCUAUUAAAAUUGAUUUAUAUUUAAGACUUUACCCUGGCCAAGAGGACUGAGAGGGAGAAAGAAGAAUGGCUGGGGAUAUUAAUGGGUGGGAUGAUAAAUUAGGUCAGGAUUUAAAACUGAAAUUAAAAAAUAUGUACAUAGCUCACAAAAAGUUGCCUUUAAAAGGUGGUCCUUUUUUUAAUGGCCUUGAGAAACAAAGCGUUCUACUAGGAUGCAAUAUUUGGGAGAUCGAGUCCUGAUCGUGCCGUCUCCUUAUUGUGUAACUAUAGACCAGCUCCUGUUUCUCUCUGGGUCUUUUGGUUUGCCUCUUCUAUAAAAUGAGGGAAUUGUACUAGGUGAUCUCUGAGGUCCCCUCCAGUUCUAAAGCUCCAUCUUUGAAUGUCUCUUUCAGUUUUGACGUGCUCUAAGGUCCCUUCCACUAGGAUGUUCUAUGUUCUAAUAUUCUAGAUUUUACAGAGUAGUUCCUAGGACAAUCAGACUGUGAAACUUACCUAGAAUUAUAGUUGGCAUCUCAGUGAUUCUGUCUUCAUCAAAGCAAAAGGAAAUGAAACAGAUUCCGAUUCUGUUGCUAAGCAAGAGUCCAUUUAGCCUGGAUUAGGAUUCUAAGAUCUAUUUUCCCCCCCAUUUCUGCUAGGAUACGUUUGGAGUCCUUCAGACUUCUACCACUUACUGGUCACAUGGAUGAGUUGGUUCUUCCUUUUUAAACAGCGGCAACAUGAUAAUACAUGUACAUAUCCCAGCUCUAGGAGCGGGGAGAGAAGGGAGGAAGGGAGACAAUUUGGAUUGUACAACUUUGGAAAGUUUAUGUGGAAAUUGUUAUUACAUAUAACUGAUAAAAAUAAAUGAAAUGAAAUGAAA